AUGACAUUCAAACUUGAUACAGUGCAGCCGACUGAAUACCUAAAAAUAAUCACAGCAGAGCGGGAUGCUUUCGAAAACCCUCCUCAGAAUAUAUUCCGCCUUUACUGCCCCAUCAUAAACAAUAACAGGGCAAAGGCCAUAUCAGACACAGCAAAAGAGAUACAAGAAGCCUAUAUCGAGCAAGCCACAACUGCCAAGGCAGAGCUUACAACCGAAAAUACAUGGCUCAAAGUCGUACAGACUAGCGAGGACCUAAAGAAUAAACUUCAAGAAGAGGAAAUACUCGCUGGCGCAGAAUGGAUCUUUCAUGUGGAACUUGAAACCACAACGACAUCGCAAUCCAUGGAAGAAGAUAUCGAAUCUCUAGCAAGUCGACAUCCGGAAGGAGGCGCCCGUAUCUUUGCGGAACAGGCAUUCACCAUCCUAAAAACCGCAGAAGCAGAAGCUAGAGCCCAAUUUCCGGGGACUAAAGGCUACAUGUCUCUUGGAAGUUUGUUCACGGCACCGCAGUAUCGGAGGAAGGGCCUUGGGAAUCUACUUAUGGAAUGGGGUGUCAAGAAGGCCGAUGAGAUGGGAUUGGAUAUUUGGGUUGAGGCAGCGCCAUCAGCUGUGCCAUUUUAUGAGCGACAUGGGCUUUUGAAGGUGAAGACUGUUGAUGUUGAUUUGAUGCAUCCAGAUGAUAUUUCGGAGUGUGAGAGGCUGCAGUGGGAGAAGGCGAGGGAUUGUAUUUUGCCUGUCACUGUUGUUCUCAUGCAUCGGCUUGCUAAGAAGGAUGUUUGA